UUGAGCACGGGGAUGAUGGCGCUGCACAUGAAGAACAGAGAGGCAUCCUACUACCAAAGUGCACCAUUCUGCAGACAUUUCAGCUUCACUGACACGGGCCAUUACCUCGCUCGCUUCCCAGCAGGCCCAGAGAGCGUCAUGAAGCCCCCCCUCGCUCUCUUCAGCGCCCCCCAGCAGCCCUUCCACCACAUGGAGGCCCUGCACCAGCUGGGGCCCCCGCCCAUGGCCCCCGCCCAACCCCUCGGCCCCCCCCCCAUGAUCCCCGCUCCGGCCCUGGGACCCCCGACGCUGAUGAGCGGUCAGGCGCUGGGCCCCCCGCCGAUGGCCUCGGUGCACACUCUGAGGCCCCCGCUCAUCGCCCAGGUGCACAACAUGGGCCCCCCCCCCAUGGGGCUCCCGCCGAUGGCCCACGCCCUGGUGCACCCCCCCAUGGACCACAUGCACGUGCUGAGGACUCCACCGCUCGACCUCUCGCAGACCAUGGGCCCCCCCCCAGGGAGUCCCGCGCACGCACUCGGGCCCCCGCUUCUAGGGGCCCCCAGGGGCGCACGGUUCACGCUUCCCCCGGGCCCCAUGUCCUCCCCCCCGCCCCCGGCCCCGCCCCCCUCCCAGCCGCCCCCCCGGCUCCACGGACCGCCGCCCUGUCUGCCCCCCCUCCCGGCGCUGGUCCCCUGCCCCCUCCCCGGGCGGCCCCCCCCCCCGGGGCCCCUGCCGGGGCACGCGGCCCCCGCCGGCGAGUACCUCCAGGAGGAGGGCUCCCCGCUGGGCGUGGACGACCCCGACGGCGGCCUGGAGGAACUGUGCAAACCGCUGUACUGUAAGCUGUGCAACGUGACGCUCAACUCGGCCCAGCAGGCCCACGCCCACUACCAGGGAAAGAAUCACAGCAAGAAGUUGCGUAACUUCUACGCAGGCAGCCAGCAGCCGCCCGGGGCCCGGGUCCUCGAGGUGCUGGAGUCGGGGGGCCCUGCCCCCCUCAGCGCGGGGCCCGGUGACGGAGACACGGGCCGACAGCCGCUGUACAAGGGGGCCACUCGGGUCAUCCUGGCCACAGAGAACGACUACUGUAAGCUGUGUGACGCCUCGUUCAGCUCGCUGGCCGUCGCUCAGGCCCACUACCACGGCAAGAACCACGCCAAGAAGCUGCGGCUCGCCGAGGCCCAGCAGAACUCCAGCAACACGGACGGGAGCGAGGUGCCUCCCAGGAGACACAGGAAGGACAGCAGCGAGUACCGACUGAUGAAGACCCGGCGCCUGGCGCAGGUGCUGCCGUUAGUGCCAGGGCCGUACUACAACCCGCGGCCCCGGCUGCGUAUCCCCCGGGACCUGGCUAUGUGCGUGACGCCCAGCGGGCAGUUCUACUGCUCCAUGUGCAACAGCGGCGCGGAGCAGGAGAACGAGUUCCGGCUGCACCUGGAGAGCAAGCAGCACAAGGCCAAGGUGUCGGAGCUGAGGUACCGCAACGAGAUGGAGAACCUGGGCUACAGCUGA